UGCUCUGCAAGUGGUGAGUUGUGGCGGCUUCUAUUGUUGUUGGCUAGGGGAGAUUAUGGUCCGCACGGUGGUUGCUGCUCUCCUGCGUUGCUGCCUAUUGCUCUCCUGUGUUGCUGCCCAUUGCUAUGGUUAGAGGUUGAUGGGCUUGGUAAAUUUAUUUCCUUGUGUACUUGGGCAUAGUUUAGACUGUAACUUUGAUUGCAACUCUUAGGUCUGUUUAGCCAAUUUAAUGGAUAUUUACAGUUGACAAAAAAAAGGCCAACACCAAAACGGUCCAAAAAAAAUUUAAGCCCAACAUCAAACUGGUCCAUUGCCUAGAAUUGUCUCGACUCUCGAGUAAAGUCUUGCUUCCUCGCCGCCCAGCUCCUCCUCGGUGACGCCGCCCAUUCUCAGUCACGCCGCCACUGCUUCUCGCCGCUCAUUCUCAGUCCUUGCUGCAACAGCUCCUUUCGCUGCUGACCCGCUGCUCGACCUCCAUCGCAGGCUUCGAGCUGCUGUUCUAUCGACAGAACUGCUGCUAUUUGGUGUUCCGUACUCUCUCACUGACAAACUAAGUCCUCUUGAGGUUGAAAGGAUUCUCUCUCUGGAAGCCUCCAAAACCAUCAUUUGAAAAUCUCAUCGCUGCACAAGCACAGCUCGGCUCUCAUGGAUUCACAACAGGAACACGCGCAGUCGCCGUCACUUGACGAUUGCUUGAAGCUAUUGAAAGGCGAGAGAGACGAGCAACGCCUUGCUGGCCUGCUUCUUGUCACCAAAUUUUGCAAAGGAGACGAUGUUGCUUCUCUCCGUAAAGUUUAUGAGGCAGUUGGAAUUCAGUUUCUGGAUAGGCUCUUGAGGACUGGAAUGGGUAAAGGAACCAUAAGUGGCAAUGGAGCCAAUAACCGUGAUGCAUAUUUGCAGCUAUCCGUUACUGUUCUUGCUGCAUUUUGUCGAGUUCCUGAAAUUGCCUCAUCAGAAGAUAUGGUUUUGAAGAUUCCAGUCAUACUGGAAAUAAUGUCAAAAUCAAGUUCACCUGUGCUGGAAGAAUGCUAUGAAUUUUUAUAUCUGGUAACAUUGUCUUCUGAAGAUGGAGCAAUAAUGUUGUAUGAAUACGGAGGCAUGAAAUUGUUAGCUUCUCAAAUGUGUGCUUUGCCAGAUGGUUCUCAUAUGAUGGAGCUUGCUAUGAAAAUGGUACAAUCUAUGCUAAGUAAGUUGUCUCAAGGUUCCAUUACUGAUGACGGCCUAUCUGACCUGCCAAUGGUGGUGGGGCCAAUAGCAAGGCAAUUUGCUGUGCUGCACAAUGAAUUGAAAUUCGAGGCACUUCACUUGCUCUCAUAUAUCUUCUCAUCAAAGUACUCGCAACUGCUUCCCGAUGCACUGCGUGUCAUGGCAGGGAACAAUUGGCCAGAUUAUAUGCGUGUUGGCAUUGUUGCUAUUUUACAGAAUCGAGUGGCCCCUGCUGAGAAGCUUCAUGCCCUUAUUUUGGCUGAAUCUAUGGUGUCCAUAGUCGGGGAAAGUUGGCUGAUUGGUCAAUCAAACGUACCUGAUUUACAAGAUCCCAUGCCAGCUGACAGGUGUCUAUUACUUGUCUUGGAGUCAUCAAGGGUUGAAGUUGAUGUUAUGCUUAAUGAACUGGCCUAUUUGAAAUAUGAAGCUUCCAAGAAUUCCUCAACAACUACUGAAGCUAUUCUCGUAAAGCAACAAAACGUGGCUGUUGCCUUUUCCUUGAUAGAGAGGAUAAUCAAACUAAUAUCAGCUAUGGCUGGAGAAGGAGGAGAACUGAUUGGUGAAAGCACUUUCAUGAAGGUGCUCAAUGGGCUUAAUGAAACGAUUAAUGUAGUGUUAGAGUAUCUAAAAGAUGCAAAGGAACAUGGUCAAAAUAAAGGAAAUGAUCUCCUUGCUUCAGUGCGGGUUGUUGGCAGUUAUCUUGCAGAAACACCCGAUGCUUGCAAAGAUAAAGUCAGAGAACUUUUGGGGUAUAUGUUAUCAAUUGAAGCAAAUGAUGAAUCAAGCCCUUUUUACUCUAUAUGCUUUCUACUUCCAAUGCUUUGUCAAAUUACAAUGAAGAUUGAAGGAUGUAAAGCUUUAAUUUCUUCUGGGGGUUAUAAGGCUGUUGCUGAAUGCCUGAUAAAAUUGAUUGGGCCUAGUUGCUAUACAGUUGAAGAUGAUAGUUGCAUCUUCUUGGCAUGCGAUACAAUGAUGAAUUUGCUUUUGAAGAAAGGGGAGGUGCAAUUUUCAAUGGAUGAAUCAACUGUUGUUGAUCUUCUGAUGACCUUGGGAUAUUGGACAGAGGAUGCUAAUGACCCAUCAAUUCUGACGAUGGCUUCAAGCAUUUGUGCACUACUAUUAGAUUACACUUCAGAGGAGGCUCUUCUUAAUCAUCCUAACUUUGGUAGCAGCUCCCUUGAUCAUCUUGCUCGGCUCAUCGCAAGAAGUUUGACCUUCUCUGAACAGGGUAUGUCUGAUGCUGUCAGAGGAGAAUCGGGUCUUCUUGAGAUUGUUAGUUCAGGAUUUUCACGGUGGGCUCAUCGGUUUCCACGUAUAAGUGAGGCAGUCAAGAGAAUUUCAUAGCCGAUGUUGCACAUAUUUUUCAAGCCCUUGUAUUGUAAGAUUGUAUCGUGUUAAAUUUAUACACUAUUUGUAAAUUUAUAAAUUUUAAUAUAAAACUGCCUUCUCCAA